AUGAAUGUAGAAAAAUUAUAUCAAACAUUAAACAAAAUUCUCGAUAAGCAUGAGAUACAUGAAAUAGGGUUAUUACCAUAUCAAAGUACACAACCGAAUGAUGAAUAUUAUCCGUUUCUUUUCAUUGAAUCGAAUCUUGGAAUACCUUUAGAAUAUGUCGAUAAAAUAUAUAAAUAUGCUCAUGGCAUAUUUAUGAAUGCUCGCGGUGGUAUUGCUGAGACCAAAGAUACCGUUAAAUCAUUAAAAGAAUCAACCAGAUGUAAUCACCUUGACCCAAUAAAUGAAUUGAAAUUUAUAGAUUUAUUAUUCACUUUACCAAAACAUACUAAACAUUCAACGAUUUGGUUUCACAGAAAAUGGAUAGUUUUAAAGAUUCAUCAACAUUAUUCUUCUGAUGAUCAUCUCUCAUCAUGGCAACAUGAGAUCGUUAUAACUCGUCGCGUGGCAGAAUUAUAUCCAAAAAAUUAUUACGCUUGGACGUAUAGGCACUGGAUUUUACUAAAUAUAUCAAAUAAUUCGUUACAAUCAAAAUUAUUUUUUGAUGAAGAAUUAACAAUUAUGAAAAGUUGGGUACAAAAAAAUAUAUCUGAUUAUUCCGGAUUUCAACAUUUACAAAGGUGUUUAAUUAGGUUAAGCAAAUAUUAUGAUAAUUCUUUUAAUGAUCUUGAUGGUAUAUCAAGGAAAGAUAUAUUGGAGAAAUUUAAUUUUCAAUUCCAAAAUCAGGAUUUAAAGAAUGAUAAUAAUUCAAACUUAAUUGUACUUCUUUGGUAUAGAGAAAUCCAAUUUACAAAAGAUCUUAUUUUAAGAUACCCCGGUCAUGAAUCACCGUGGUAUCAUUUAAGAUUUUUAUCAUUUGGUUGGAAGUGGUUGAUAUUAUCAGGUUAUUUAGGGUUGAAUAAUUCGAUAGAAUUUAAAUGUGUGGAUGAUGAUAAGGAAAUAGAUCAACAAAAUUAUAAUCCUAUUGUAAAAGAAUGGCCAGAUUUAGAAAAAGAUUUGGAGUUCUCACGCUAUUGUAUUCGUCAAGUUGAUUUAAUGAUAAUAAAUCAAGAUAAUAAUGAAAGGCUUGAAUCAAUGGUUAUUCAAAAACAAAAUGCGUUGGCUUUUGAAUUAUGGAUUUCCGAAUUGUACGACAGGACAAGAGAUGAUAUUGAUGUUAAAGAGUUGAUUGCAAAAUUGGCCAACAUUUCUAUGAAUUCAAAUUAUUAUAUUGUUCAAAACAAAUGA